AACGCCCGAGGCGAACCACACCACCAAUCAGAAGCCCCGCAGCAACCCACGCCGUGGCGAGCUCAAGCGAGGCAACACUAUUGACGCGGGCCAGAAGAAGAAGACAGACGCCAGGGAUGUCCGCCGCAUGUCCUUCCAGAGACCACGCGGAACCACGGAAUAUUCUGUGGAGUCUCGGGACACUCUGAACAGCAUCGCACUCAAGUUUGACACGACUCCUAACGAGCUGGUUCAGCUCAACAAGCUGUUCUCCCGAGCUGUCGUUCCUGGGAAGGUGCUGUAUGUUCCAGACCCAAACUAUGUCUCCAGUCCUGAGAGCUCUCCUUCGCUCAGUCCUGUCAGCCCUCUCUCCCCCACAUCCUCCGACACUGAGCAGGCCAAGGACGGCGAGGCGUCCCAGCGGCGGGAUGCCCCAGCCCAGCCCCGCCCUGUCAGGGUGGUGUCGUCCACAUCUGAGGAGGAGGAGGCCCUCACUGAAAAGUUUCUCAAGAUCAACUGCAAGUACAUCACUGACGGCAAGGGUGUGGUCAGCGGCGUGCUCCUGGUCACCCCCAGCAACAUCAUGUUUGACCCCCACAAGGCGGAUGUGUUGGUGCAGCAGAGUGGCUGUGCGGAGUACGGCAUUAUGUGUCCCCUGGACGAGCUGCUGUCCGCAGCCAUGUGCACCGAGGUCACCGACGCCAGGAUCAAGGAGUUUGUCCCCCCAGAUCUGGAGUUGCCCGCAUCGGCCCCAGAGCCCAGCCAGAUGAGGAGGGCCGCCCGUAGCAACCUGGAGGACGCUGCACAACGCGCAAAGGACGCUGGGAACGACAGCGCCAGCACGGCGCCGCGCAGCACCGAGGCCUCGCUCUCCGAGGACGUCUUCACCGAGUCGGAGAUCUCGCCCGUCCGAGACGACCCCGACCCAUCCUCCGACAAACUCCGCCGCCUCAGGUCCUCCGGAGCCUCCUCCGAGUCCGUCCAGACCAUCAACCAGGCCGACCCCCCCUCCAGCACCACUACCCCCGCUCCAGAUGCCCUCAGCCCCAGCCACACGCCCAGGCAAGCCCUAGGCUCUGACGAGGCCUCCAGGAGAGAGGGGUCCACAACAGACUGCCUAGCCCAGCAGGGGGAGCCUUCGGUGGGGAGGGGGGAGCAGACUACUAGCACUGGAGCAGGUGAGGGGGAGGCCAAGUCUCACAUCACACCAGAGUCACAAGCAUCAGACAGUAUAGAAGCUAAGAAACAAAACCAGUCUGGGGUCCAGACCCAGAACCAGAAAAGGGACCAGAACCAAGAGAAGGACCAAACCCAGGACCAGAACCAGAGCCAGACUGGGGACCAGAACCAGGAAGGUGUUCAGAACCAGGAAUCACAAUCAGGCCUGGAGGAACUCAGAAAGCUUUGGAAGAGCCACACAACGCAGUCGACCAAUGAGCAGGAGGAUACGGAUCAGCUGACAGUCAUAGAGGCUGCCCCAGCCACUCAUGAGAGGCCGGGAGCAGGACAAGCCCCAUCGGUCCCCAAGGACAGGAGGAGGCCCCAGGGCCUCAGGUUCCUGUGUCUGCGUGUGGGCCGGCCAAUGAGGAGAACCUUCCUGUCCCAGGCCAACGCCUCCAUGCACCAGUACGCUCAGAGGGACCGCAAGAAGCACGAGUACUGGUUUGCCUUCCCCCCCGACAGGUCGGACCACCUGUACGGGUUCUUCGUCCAGUGGAGUCCAGAAAUGUAUGGGGAGGAGGUCGGGGAGGGGCCGCGGGAACCUGGCUUUGUGGUGGUCAAGAAGAACCGCCAGGUGGAAAUGGGCUCUGACGAACCCCCGGUUCCAGACAUCACCUCCAAAGACUGGGAGGUAGUGUCUUCGUUGGAGUACCAGAGGAGGAUCGAUGCGUUAAACAGCGAGGACCUUCGCUCGCUCUGCAAACGCCUCCAGAUCACCACCAAGGAGGUGGUGAACUCCAAGCUGGGCCCGACAGUAAGAACUGAUGUGGAGUCAGAAGUGUUCCGUCCCAGUUUGAAUGAACCCAGCGACCUGCUCCAGCCAGAGCACAUUGAGAAGCUGGCUAAGAACCUCCCCCCGCGUACGAUUGGCUACCCCUGGAAGCUGGCGUUCAGCUCCUCCAAACACGGCAUGAGCAUCAAGAGUCUGUACCGCACCAUGCGGGGGCAGGACACCCCCGUCCUCAUGGUGAUCAAGGACAGCGACGGACAGCUGUUUGGAGCGCUGGCGUCCGAGCCCUUCAAAGUGAGCGAUAGUUUCUAUGGCACUGGGGAGACAUUCCUGUUCACGUUCUGCCCGGAGUAUGAGGUGUUUAAGUGGACUGGAGACAACAUGUUUUUCUUGAAGGGAGAUGUGGACUCCUUGGCAUUCGGAGGGGGAGGGGGGGAGUUUGGUCUUUGGCUGGAUGGAGACCUGUAUCAUGGACGCAGCAACCCCUGCAAGACCUUCGGGAACCCGCGUCUGUCCCAGAAAGAGGACUUUGUCCUGCAGGAUAUCGAGAUCUGGGCGUUCGAGUAGGAGUCAGAGAGAGGGAGACGAUGGUGGAGAGAGACAGAGGGAAGGAUGGAGGGAGGGGGAACGUGAUGAUGGACUCUUAAAGUGGUGCAGUGUUUUGUCCCACGCUGGUCUGUCUUAACUGUCUGCACACUCACCCCACAGGGAAACUCGGCUUCAGCUAGCAGUCAGGCUAACAUUUACCAUAGGGAUCCUGUACAGAAUAUUAGCCUUCUGCUAACAUUCAAUGUAAACAACCUGCUGGACAGCUAGCAUUGUGCUAACACACACCAUUGGUAUAUUUUUGCAUAGCUAGCAUUGUGCUAAGAUACACCGCAGGGAUUCUGCUACUGAGCUAGUAUUGUGCUAUUGAAGUCAUAGGGAUCUUUUUAUGCAGCUAACAUUGGGCUAAUAUGCACCAUUGGUAUCUUUUUGCACAGAAAGUAUUGUGUUAACAUUUACCAUUGGGAUUCUGCUAUGCAGCUAGCAUUGGGCUAACAUACACCAUUGGGAUAUUUGUACACAGCAGGCAUUGUGUUAACAUUCACUAUUGGGAGUAGGCCUAUGUUGCACAGCUAGCAUUAUGCUAAUGCACACCAUUGGGAUUAUGUUGGACAGCUAGCGUUGUGCUAACAAUCAAGCUUUAUGGCUCCUUCAUCCAAGACGAGGUUUGUCUGAGCGGGGGGCUGACUCUCAGUUCUUCAUCGGUAACCAGUGUAGAACAGGAAGAACAGAAUACAGAUGUGGGAGUUCCAGAACCUUCCCAACAAUAGAGAGUUGCGGCCUAACGUCCGUGGACUGAUCCGACGGUCUGGCUGACUGUUGAGAGACAGGAAGAAGAAGAAGGAGGUCUGUCGUCUGCUUCGCUGGGCCACGGUUUCUAGAACCUUCCUUGACCUCCAGCCCUCACAGCAAUACAACUGACCAUGACGGUGGUCUGGUCCAGACAGGGUUGACAGGCAUGUUAUAGCAGUGCAAUACUAACAGGAGAAUUCCUCACAACGUACAGGGUUGCCAUGAGGACGCUGGCCUGGUCACGCCAUAUGAGAUUGCCAUGGCUACAGUAGUAAAAUAAGUAGAUGCUUUUUUCGGCGGGGGGGGGGGGGGGGGGCGGGGUGACGACACCAAUCACUAUCUUAUUACAGAGUAGUGCAGGUUCUUACACCUGGGUCACCUGGACACCAAUCAGAGCGUCAUGUCACAGAUAUAUAUUGAUCUUCGUCCAAUCAACGUCGACAAAACAACCUUCUAGAACAUGCUGACGGCAUUCUAGACUGCAACAACUGAGGUCCUGACCGACCCUGGCUCACCUCUUGACUUCACUCUGGCUUUGGCCAACCAGUGAACAGCUUGUCACUGACCUCACCAACCGAUAGACAGCAUCGCCGGGCCAGUGUCCAAUCAAUGAGCAGCGUCCCUGGACGAAUCAGUGUUGAAUCAGGAUUCGUUGGCUUCCUGAAUUUGUUCCAAUUAGUGUGUCCACUGUUAAUUUGUGUUCUUAUUGGCUCUAGAUUGAUGUGUGUGAGAGUGGGCGAUAUCUGGAGUGUGUAACACUGUCUGGAGUGCUGAUUUUAUUUUUCAGAAAUAUACUCUACUAUAUUAUGUAGCAACUAUAUAUUUAUACUCUAUAAUGAUACUCCAUGUUGCUGUUAUCUGUGACAGUGAUAUGUCCCGUGUAGAUGUGUUGGUCACAGCCGAUCUAUAAUGUAUACCAUAAUAUGAUCUUGUAAAUAGUCUGAAUAAUAUUAAACUUCCACAAGUCUCUAUAUACAUAAGCUUAAACAUUAACCACGUCAUGUGUUUUGCGUCUUAUAGUGCUGUAACGCUAACUAACUAAUGGAGAUGAACUCCUCACAAGAAAAACAACUUACAAGGUUGCCAUGGGGACGGUUGCCAUGUUAUGCUGUGUGGGAUCGUCACGGAAACGGUAGUCGUGACAUAGGGGUUUCCACGGGUGAUCCUCAGUGCAACAGGAACCAGACUCCUGGCACAGCAGUCUUCCGAGGUGUUUGUUGAUGUACCACAAACAUGUUGACGCACCUCAGUCACAUGGUGAUUGAGAGUACUGGAGAGGAUUAAACAAAAUGGCCACCGCUUCUCCUGGUCUUCUAUGUGUGUCAGGGCUUCUCCAUCUCUCUUAUACCCGUCCAAGUCUGUUAGUCUACUAUUAGUCCUGAGGCCUGUUGGAGUUCACGAGACCAGGGUCUUGACCAACACCCAUACUACAAUACUAUUUACCAUGGCAAAAUGCUUCAAAGCUACAUAGUAUGGUAGCAUUGAUAUUGGGACGCACCGUUAGUCUUACAAAACAGUGUCUUACUUCCUGGUUGAAUCACUCAAAGGUGUGUCACAUGAUCUCUACUGAUGUUCUCACUGGUCCACCAUGUGUAACUGAGCAACAAUAAACCACAACGAUAAUA